GUGCCAACGUUCUCGAGGCCUUCUUCAUGGCCAGGGUGCGUGAGGUGGUUGGUUCCACCUAGCACCGUGCAUGUACUGCUUGGUGUGUAGCUGAUCAGCUCAUUGUCGUUUGCCCCACCGUCGACGCGUAGGACUGGCGGCAGCACGAAGCGCAGCGGCAUGUUGUGCCUGCGUCAGUUCCGUCCCGUUUGUAGAACUAGUAGCGGAGAGAUUCAAGCUUCUUAUUCGCUUGGCGUGAUCUCCGAGGACAUUGUGUGAUAAUAGUUCGAGGUCCGAUAUUUGUGUCAUCAGUGUAUACACAAGAGUCCACCGCAUGAACCCUGCUACCGGUGUAGUAGCAGCUUUGUUUAGCCUAAAGUCACUUGGCCAGUCACACCAUAGGGCCUAGGUCAGCUAAGUUACCAGGGUACUGCUGGAUGCUCUAGCCCCGCUACGACUAUCCCGCCGGUCUUUCAACCAGUCUGGUGCCUUCUCGUGAUUGUCUGCAUGUGCACGUAUAGUGUGCAGACGGUAUACUUCUCUUUAUAACUAAUUUUAACUAUGGUGUGAACCUAUCCAUCAAUGCUGCGUGCAAUUGCCAUUCCGUAUCGUCAUGCUGUGUGAUUGACCCCGCGAAUCUCAUCUCCGUACUCUACUCGACCUUGUAACAUUACUCCAUAUUUACUUUAGCUACUCAUUCUUAUGCUUGUGUGUGUUGUGCUUAUCAGUUUCUGUCUGCUGCGGUGCAAACUGGACAGCAGUAUCCCGGUCUUCCUUUACGCGCCGCUCUGCAGUGGACUAUUGCACUCUUUUUACGUCUACUUUUUAUACCGGCACUUGGGCACAUGGAGGCGUGUUGGUGAAGGAUUCCUCUGCACGGAGUCCACCAGGGGUAGAGUGAUGAAUCAUCGGA